AUGGAAGCACUCCUGGAGGGCGCCGCUCCCCAGAGCUCCGAGUCAGGGGGAAACCCCAAACCCGAGGGUAGUUUCAAGGUCAGGCCGGAGAACCCGGAAAGCUGCCUGAAGCAGGAGGCCCGCAAGGAAGACCCCACCGGGGACAGGGUGCCCGAGCAGGAUGAGCUAGCCGCCGGAACCCCCGAGACCAGCUGCAGCCCCCCGACUCCCCUCCAGAGGCACGGUGCCCCAAGAAAGCGCAGGACCCUGAAGAAGGCAGCCGCCAGCGUGGAGGCGGCGGCGGCGGCGGAGCGAGGGGGCGGCGGCCCCAGCAAGCCGUGGAAGUGUGGGGAUUGCGGCAAGGCCUUCAGCUACUGCUCGGCCUUUACGCUGCACCAGAGGACGCACACCGGGGAGAAGCCGUUCCCCUGCGCGGACUGCGGCCGCGCCUUCAGCCAGAGCGCGCACCUGGCGCAGCACCGGCGCGUGCACACCGGCGAGCGGCCCUUCGCCUGCGCCGAGUGCGGCAAGGCCUUCAGCCAGGGCUCCUACCUGGCGGCGCACGGGCGCGUGCACACGGGCGAGCGGCCCCACCGCUGCGCCGACUGCGGCAAGGCUUUCGCGCGCCCCACGCACCUGGCGCAGCACCGGCGCGUGCACACCGGCGAGCGGCCCUUCGCGUGCGGCCAGUGCGCCAAGGCCUUCCGCAGCCGCUCGUCGCUGCGGGAGCACCAGCGCAUCCACACAGGCGAGAAGCCCUUCGCCUGCGCGCGCUGCGACAAGGCCUUCCGCUUCUCGUCGGCGCUGCUCCGCCACCAGCGCACGCACACGGCCCAGCGGCCCUACGCGUGUGGCCAGUGCGCCAAGGCCUUCACGCAGGCCGCGCACCUGGCGCAGCACCGCGGCGUGCACACGGGCGAGAAGCCCUUCGCCUGCGCCGAGUGCGGCGCUCGCUUCAGCCAGAGCGCCUCGCUCACUGAGCACCGGCGCAUCCACACGGGCGAGAAGCCCUUCGCCUGCGCGCAGUGCGGCAAGGCCUUCACUCAGGUGUCGCACCUGAGCCGCCACCGGCGCACUCACACCGGCGAGCGGCCCUACGCGUGCGGGGCCUGCGGCCGCGCCUUCAGCAACAGAUCACAUCUGGUGCAGCACCACCUGGCGCACACGGGCGCGCGGCCCUACAAGUGCCCCGAGUGCGGCGCCGCCUUCGGCCACGUGUCCUCCCUGCUCGAGCACCAGAAAGUGCACACGGGCGAGAAGCCCUUCCGCUGCGGCGACUGCGGCCGCGCCUUCAGCCACGGCUCGUCGCUGACGCUGCACCGCCGGACGCACACGGGAGAGCGGCCCUACGCCUGCCCCGAGUGUGGCAAGGCGUUCAGCAACCGCGCCUACCUGGUCCAGCACCACAUCGUGCACACCGGCGAGAAGCCCUACGAGUGCGGUGGCUGCGGCAAGGCCUUCAGCUUCUCCUCCGCGCUCAUCCGGCACCAGAAGACGCACGCCGCGGGCAAGAAGGCGGGGGGACUGCUCGGCCCCACGGCCGCAGCCUCCUCCACACCCGAGCUCCCGGCCGGAGGAGGAGCCUGCUGA